GUUUCCAGCCUCCAGAAGCUGAGGCAACGGGGACGGCGACGCCUUAGCCCCGGGGCUCCGGCUUCCUGCCCCGUCCGUCCCGCCCGCGGGCCAUGGAGCUCCGAGCAACAGAGGGGGAGCAGCUGGCGCAUCCCCGCCUGCCCUCCAGGUCCCUGGCUCCCAUCCCUUCCCAGCCUGAUCCCGGGAGGCAGCAGCCACUGGCUACUGAGCGGCAGUGACAGCAUGAAGGCUCCGCGUCGGCUCCUGCUCAUCGUCCUCUGCUCUGUCGGCUUCUCGGCUGUCUACAUCCUGCUGUGCUACUGGGCCUGCCUGCCCUUCUGCUCAGCCUUCUGCCUGGACCCCCACCUCUCUAUCAAGUCCAGGCCCACCGUGCCGGGGCCUCUGCACUUCAGUGGCUACAGUAGCGUGCCAGAUGGGAAGCCUCUGGUCCGAGAGCCGUGCCGCAGCUGCGCCGUGGUGUCCAGCUCAGGCCAGAUGCUGGGCUCGGGCCUGGGUGCCAAGAUUGACGGCGCUGAGUGCGUACUGCGCAUGAACCAGGCGCCCACCAUGGGCUUUGAGGCAGACGUGGGCCAGCGGAGCACCCUGCGGGUCAUCUCUCACACAAGCGUGCCUCUGCUGCUGCGAAACUACUCCCACUAUUUCCAGCAGGCCCGGGACACGCUCUAUGUGGUGUGGGGCCAGGGGAAGCACAUGGACCGGGCGCUGGGUGGCCGCACCUACCGUGCACUGCUGCAGCUCACCAGGAUGUACCCCGGCCUGCAGGUGUACACAUUCACUGAGCGCAUGAUGGCCUACUGUGACCAGGUCUUCCAGGAUGAGACUGGCAAGAACCGGAGGCAGUCCGGGUCCUUCCUCAGCACCGGCUGGUUCACUAUGAUUCUCGCCCUGGAGCUGUGUGAGGAGAUCGUGGUCUACGGGAUGGUCAGCGACAGCUACUGCAGGGAGGAGCAUCACCCCUCGGUGCCUUACCACUACUUCGAGAAGGGCCGGCUGGACGAGUGUCAAAUGUACCUGGCGCAUGAGCGGGCACCCCGCAGCGCCCACCGCUUCAUCACCGAGAAGGCCGUGUUCUCUCGCUGGGCCAAGAAGAGGCCCAUCGUCUUUGCCCACCCAUCCUGGAGGACGCAGUGGCCCCAUCGCCACAGCGCCAUCACCAGGCCUCUGUUGCAGCCACACUCCGCCAAAAACGCUUAAUUUAUGGAUCCUGCCUUCUGCCAUGUGCCGAGCGGACCUGAGUUCCCUUCCAGCCAUACCCUUGGGGACACUUGGAGCCAUCUCGGGCUUCUAGACUUGGGGAGAGAGGAGGAGGCCUCUGGUGACCUUUGCAGCCUCCUCCCCACGCCUGCUCCCUGAGUAAUCUGAGUCUUCGUUUUCAAGGUCUUCCCACCUCUGAGUCUGUCCAGUGGCCUUUGCCCUGGGGGCUGGUGGCCCCCAGUCACCAACACUAUGAAUUUCAACCGAGCACCAGCCCUGGUCCUUCCUCUCUGCACUCCUUCUCCACCUGCCUUUGGUGCCACACUUCCCAGGCUGGUUGCCCUCAGCGGGGCAGCCUAGAGCUUGGGGUUCGUUGGAUGACGGGUGGAGCCUUUGAACUGUGACUGCCAGGGCCACCUCUGGAGUUUACGGGUAAAUGUGUUUUCUGGAA